GUUUGCUGGUGUCCUAUCAGUCACCCGUCCACCUGGUACUAAAUCUGUAUGAUAUUUAGCCAGUUUGUAGUUUCAUCUGCUCAUCGGAAUCUUGUUACUUCUGGACCUUGAUGGGACGUUGUGUAGAAGGAAGAACUGAAGAAAUACCUACUGUCUAGACUCUAGACAGAGGCACAGAAAGUGAUUGUAGUUUGUCUCAGCACUAGAAGCGCAUCAUCACUUGAUCGGUUUUAAAGACUCCAGAUGAAUCGCAUAACUGUAGUCUGUGUCCUGGUCUUCAUUUUUGCAUUGGGUGGGUUUUACAGGAUCACUUCCAAGAUGAAGCCCGGUGACUUGUUCUCCCUGUUACACAAAACGAUCAGUGUUUCAGAUAGUUCCGCUAGUACUCCAUCUCUGCAGUCCAACAGGAUAGACUUCACAGCUCAACCUCCGGUGAUGUUUGUGGAGACCACGGAGACUCUCAAACCACAAACCCUGACAAUCUGUGCUGUAGAAUCGGCGGCCAGAAUCUAUCAGGACCGGUACAUUUACUUCUUCCUAAGGGGUCUCAAAAACCAGACCUGCUUGCAAAGCAAGACCGAAUGCCCUGGUCUGAAACUCCUCACUGAUUUCCCAAACGUGCAGCUUCUACAUUUAGACCCCAAGGUGAUUCUGGGGGGCACUCCGCUAGCGAUUUGGUAUAACGAGGACAAAGUUUAUAAAGAGGAAUAUUGGAUUCGAAUCACUUCAGAUGGCUACAGACUUGCACUCAUGUGGAAGAAUGGGGGGCUUUAUUUUGACACUGAUGUUAUUACCAUUAAGAAAGUACCUAAAGAAAAUUUUACAGUUAGCGAAUCAGAUAGUUAUGUUUGUAACGCAGUGCUUGGAUUUCAUCACCAUCAUCCAUACAUCAUGGACUGUAUGACAGAUUUUGUCAUGAACUACAAUGGUGGCAUAUGGGGGCAACAGGGUCCUCGCUUACUUACACGUGUGUUAAAGAAAACAUGUACCCUUCCUAAUUUCAACAAGGUACAAGAUUUUCCAUGUGAAGCCAGGAAUGUGACAAUCAUGCAUCCAUCCCGUUUUUAUCCAAUUUCCUGGUCACAAUGGAAAAAGUAUUUUGAAGUCUGGAAAGAAAUUCCAACUUUUAAUGACUCAUAUGGUUUACAUUUAUGGAAUUUCAUGAACAGGAACGAGAAGAAGAUAGUUAUUUCAGAAAGCAACACCUUGGUAGAAAAUCUGUUCAAAAAGUACUGCCCAAGUACUUAUGGCAUCCUUAUAAACAAUGCAAAGAGUUAACAGUGACCAAAUGAUUUGCAGAAUUAGAGGCCACAGCAGGAACCAAAAUCAUUCUGCCUUAAAAGACAACCAUCAGCAACAUUAAUCACAAGACUGUUAGUACAAACUUUGUAUGCAAAACUUUUUUAAUGUAUAUGUAUUUUGCAAAUAUGUAUACUAUUGAUACUUAUUACUUGUUUCAGGAAAAUGCUUCAUUAUAUUUCAUUAUUUCCUAGAAUGCAUUAGAUAAAGCUAUGGCACAUGAAGAGAAAACUGAUAGAAAUACAAGUAUAUAGUCAGAUACUUGCAGUGUGGCAAAAGUAAUGAAAUGAUAAAACAUUGGUCAACAGUGCUAUUCAUUUAAAAUGGCAAGUUAAAUAAAAUAUUUCAGAAUAAUGUAUAUUACUAUAAAACUGAUAUAGCUAAUAAAAGUCUGCCAGUGUGAGAUCCAGUGAUAUGUGCAUAUGGGAGAAUGGAUUAUCUAUGUAUUGAUAUGGUUUGAAUCUCAUUUGGCUCAUAUAGGCAUUAAUAAAAUAAAUAAUCUGCUUAG